GCACUUCAGCUGAGCUUUGGGCCAGAGUGAGGCCUGGUAGCUGCCGCCGCCGCCGCAGCAGCGGCUCCAUUGCGGGGGGUACAGCAGCCUCCUCCAUCCCGAGAAGGAGCCUGAGGGCUCGGCGCCCCCUGAGCCGCGCCCCGCUGUCCCGGCGCUCAUGGAGCAACGAAUGAUAACAAGAAAGAGGGGAACCAGAUGCAAAAGAGAUGAAAUUGUUAAUUUGUGAUGAAGUAAAAUGCAGCUGUGGCUUUUCAGUCAUAUUAGAAGGAAACUGCAUCUGAUUUUCUCAAAAGAGAAGUUUGCAAGGUUACAUAAGCAAGCAAACAAAGCUUGAUAUUUUGAAGUAUGAUUGAAAUCCUGAUGUUGCAGCAGAGGUUAAGCAUAUUAAUGGCCAGAUCUAGAGAUCACAUGGUCUUCUAAAGAAGUCAUGGGUAGCUGUUGUAGCUGUCCAGAUAAAGAAACUGUCCCAGAUAAUCAUCGAAGCAAGUUUAAGGUCAUUAAUGUGGAUGAUGAUGGCAAUGAGCUGGGUUCUGGCGUAAUGGAGCUGACAGACACAGAGCUGAUUUUACAUACCCGUAAACGAGAUGCUGUAAAAUGGCAUUACCUUUGUUUGCGUCGCUAUGGCUAUGACUCAAAUCUGUUUUCUUUUGAAAGUGGCCGGAGGUGUCAGACUGGACAAGGAAUAUUUGCCUUUAAAUGUGCCCGUGCAGAAGAAUUGUUUAAUAUGUUACAAGAGAUCAUGCAGAAUAAUAGCAUAAAUGUUGUAGAAGAGCCAGUGGUAGAAAGGAAUCACCAACAGACUGAACUGGAAGUCCCCAGGACCCCUCGGACACCCACCACUCCUGGGUUUGGUGCACAAAAUUUACCUAAUGGAUAUCCUCGAUAUCCAUCAUUUGGAGAUGCUUCAUCCCAUCCUUCAAGCAGACAUCCCUCUGUGGGAAGUGCACGCCUUCCUUCAGUAGGUGAAGAAUCAACACAUCCACUGCUCGUAGCUGAGGAACAAGUACAUACCUACGUCAACACCACAGGUGUGCAAGAAGAAAGGAAAAACAGAUCAAGUGUGCACAUACCUUUAGAGACGAGGCUUUCUAAUGUUGAAAGUAACAAAACAAGAGAAGAGCAGAGUGAUAUUGAGGACAGAGAUCCUCAGAUUCUUCUUGAGCCUGAAGGAGUCAAGUUUGUUUUAGGACCAACCCCUGUUCAAAGGCAGUUAAUGGAAAGAGAAAAACUGGAGCAGCUUGGAAAAGAACAAGUUAGUGGUAGCAGUACCAACAACACUGAAUGGGACACUGGCUAUGACAGUGAUGAACGGAAAGAUGCACCCUCGGGUAACAAACUGGUAUAUGAAAAUAUAAAUGGGCUAUCUAUUCCUAGUGCCUCAGGGGUCAGGAGAGUUCGUCUGACAUCUACCAGUACCUCAGAUACCCAGAAUAUCAACAACUCGGCUCAGAGGAGAACUGCAUUAUUAAACUAUGAAAACUUACCAUCUUUGCCUCCUGUUUGGGAAGCCCACAAGCAAAGUAGAGAUGAAGAUGACAGUUUAGGACCAAAGACCCCAUCUCUCAAUGGCUAUCACAGUAACCUGGAUCCAAUGCAUAACUAUGUGAAUACAGAGAAUGUAACAGUGCCAGCAAGUGCUCACAAAGUAGAAUUUGCAAGGCGCCGGGACUGUACACCUACAGUCUUUAAUUUUGACAUCAGGCGUCCGAGUUUAGAACAUAGGCAACUCAAUUACAUCCAGGUUGAUUUGGAAGGUGGUAGUGACUCUGACAACCCUCAGACUCCAAAAACUCCCACCACUCCACUUCCACAAACUCCCACCAGGCGCACAGAGCUGUAUGCUGUGAUAGACAUUGAAAGAACGGCUGCUAUGUCAAGCUUGCAGAAAGCACUGCCACGAGACGAUGGUACGUCUAGGAAGACUAGACACAAUAGUACUGACCUGCCUAUGUGAGCCUUGGAAACAUUACAUCCAUCGUUUGCACCUUUGUGAAGUUUUUAAAAAUGAAGAUGCAAGUGCUUCAUUUUCAUUUCUAAACACUAACACCUUUUAUAGACUGAUAGAAUUUUUUUCUGAAUACUUCAUGUGCUUGUUUUAACUAAAGGGAAUUAAUGUAGAGCAGGUACUCAUUAAAGAACACUAAAUUACAUUCUAUAAUAGUUGUUACUGUAUAGCAACAUUGCCAUUUUCACAGUGCCUAUUUAAUUGAGAGUGGAAGUGAGUGACAUCCCAGUUUUGAGUUUUUCAAUAUUCUGGACUCGUGCCUAUCAUUUAUGUCUAAUCAUGGUUGACAUUCAUAACAUUUUAUAAAACCUCUUGAUGUGUGCAUUACUAGCAGAUAAAUCUAGUCGUUGAAAGUAAAUAUCUGUAGAUUCACUUUCCAAGUUAGGUGGCCUCCAGCAUGAGUCAUUCAUCAUUUCAUUAAUUAAAGGCUUUUUGACUUGAGCCAAAUGCAUUGUACAUAAAAGGAAUACAUAUAUAAGGUAUACCAUUCCUCCUUAUAUACCAGUCAAAUCCUUUUCCUAAAACUUUAUUAGAAUAACACAUCCAUGAAUAUGGCGUACUGUUGGUGUGUGUUAGAAGGGCAGGAUGGGGAGAGUCCCCUUCUCCUUACCUCAUGCUUCCAUUUUAAGGGCAUGUCAAGGUUCCCUUGAUCAGAAGCACGAUGGGAAUUUAGAACCAAUCUCAGGCCAUUACUACCAGAAAAGAGUUGCAAUUCUUGAUCAUCAAACGUAUUCUCCAAUAGAACAUUAAUCUCAGCAUUGUUUCCUGGAGGCAUUUAUAUUUGUGCCAUUAAGUUUCCACUUAUCUUUCCUUUUUACCUUUGGUGUUCAGGAUGUCUGUUUUGUUAAAUGAUGUCUUUAGAUUUAAGAUGGUUGAGUUUGUAUAUGGUUUUGUUGUUUAUCUGUUCAGUCUUAUUUAGUCUAUGUUUUGUCAAAUUAUGGUUUUGAAGGUUCAUUUGGAACUUACUGUUAGAUUUUAACAGGGUUGCCCUUUUCCAGUAUUUAUUGAUAUGCUGUUUACUUUUCAAGUCUGAUAGAGACAUCCACUUGAUUUUAAAUUUUCAUUCAUGUGUCCAUAGAUGAACUCUUUGGUUGCAAAUGAAAGUAGACACUAAUAAAAUAAAAAGUUCCCCAGAGGUACUGUAGAUUUAUCAAUGGACACACUCCUCUGCACUUUAGCAGUGAUUUUCUCAGUUAUGUAAAGCCUGGCUGCAGUUGUACUCCACCCACUGUAAUAAUGUUCAUCAGCUAUGCUUAGCCUUUCAAACAUAGCUAGAAUUUAGCUUUUACCUGGAUUUUGACAGAAUCUGAAUAUACUGUUAUAUCCUGGAAGAUCUGUAGCAAAGAGAUCAUGUCAUACCCUAGGAUUUAGAGGAAUCAAUGUUUGUUUAAACUAAUCCUCCAGGUUCCAUGAUUCUUGAGAAUGGAAGGGGAAGUAGACAGAAGGGUUGGGUCACUUACAAACGGUUUUACUUAUGUUCUUAAGUUUUUAGACUUUGCAUUUGAGGCUAGCUAUCCAGAUUUAGGCUGAAAUUAUAGCACUAAUUUAGCCGGAAAUCGUUUCAUUCAAAUAGCCAGUCUUAUUAAUUGGGUUACUCUAUAUUGGUAAAGGUCGUUCGUGUAUUUGCAUUGCAGUAGAGUGGUGUCAUUUUAAACAAGGUAAGAUGUCAGCAUUGUUGCGUCAGUGCCCUUUGUUUGCCUAGCAGGAUUUUUGUAUUCUGUGAACUUGGUGCUUGUAACAAGUGAGAGACUAAAAUGCUCACUAGAGCCAUGGUGCCAGGUGGGCGGUUUCUCUGAUAUAGGUCCCUUUUGCAAUAUCUUAUACUGUUCCAUUCUUGAUUUCUCCUGAGAUUUUUAAUUGUGCCAAAUUCGUGUGAUGGUUUUUAUAACAUGGAAUAAGAAUCACAACACUAGUACACAUGCUCUUAAUUCGCGAAAUAACAGCAAAGACUGCUAGAAUAUUCCUCUCCAUGUGAAAGGGCUAAUACUAUCUGUGUGUUCUUUUAGGUCGAAACCCUUCCUUCUUUCUUUUUUCCCUUUUUAUCCCUUCCAUCCCCAGUUCCCAACUUGCUUUUUAAAAACAUGCCAAUCUAACAGCUUUGCUGUAGGUUCUGCACUCUCAUAGCAAUACCUACGGAGUAUUUGACUUUUACUAUCAAAUAAGUAUUAGAUGCAUACAGCUGGUGCUACCAUCUGGUUACCUGCUGAAAUUCAUCUAUUUUCCUAUUUAAUAAAUACAUUCCCCUAGAGAUUUUGCAAUAAGACUUAAGCUGCACCCUAGGAAUGUAUAUCUGACUUACCAGGUGUACGUUUUUAUGAGAUACUUUUGUUAACAUAUAAUUUAUUCCCAACAGAGUCUCCCUCUACACACUUAUUCUCCAUCUGCAUUCUCCCAGAUGGAAGGAGAUAUAGCUACUUUUCCUUGGCAUGAUUUUUCUCUUGAUUCUCUUUUCAUGUAAGAAUUAAAAUGUGGUGCCUUCCCUCCCACCAGGAAGAUAGUCCAGUGGUUCUUUCAUUUUACUGCUGCUUGUGGAGUGAUGAGAUAUGCACUUUACCCUUGAAGACUCAGCAAAAAAGAUUUUCCCUUUCCAGCUGAUCUAAAAUAGACUGCAGAUAUCAGGCUUGGGUCUUACUAAAAUUUGCCAAUAAGUUUUUGUGUUCAUAAAUGUUAAUCAACAUUGAUCCCACAGUUAAAUGUUAGAUGGAAUGAGACAAGGCUAUAUUUUUUUUUCCAGAAAAUCUGUGGCACAUGAUAUUAAGAAAAAAAAAAGUACCUCAAUAACGUUUUACAAAAUUGGGAAAGGGGCCUUAUGUUUUCAGCUUCCCAGCCACACAACACUGUGUUUUUGCCUGAAAGUAAACCUGUUUUUUUAUACCAAGCUAACAAUUGCCAUCCCCUCCCCCAGGCUACCUAACCAAUAAUGCCCCUGUAAUUUGUGCAGUGUGGAGUAAGUGUCCACAGAUUAUGCCUCCAUCAGAGAACUCAUGGGUAAGUAACAGGUAUCUUACCAUCACAUUUACAGUUCUGAUGUGUGAGGUGUAUGGUACUAAAUAAUGUUUUCCCUGAACUUUGCCAAAUGUUGAAUAUAGGCAUUGGUACUGAAUUACUGAAUGUAUAGAAAACACUUUUGACUUGAAAAAAUAAGUCUUAUACCAUGUACCACAAGAUGCUGUGCCCAGACCAGCCCUGGCCUACCUUUCCGCCUUCCAGUCCUCCUUUCACUCCAUUUAUUUCCCUUUUUCCCCUUCCUUCUCUCUUCCUGUUUCCAUCACCCUAUCAUAUAACACUUCAUUCUGUUGUAGCAUCAUUAGGGCUAGUUUUUCUGCAUCUUUAACAACACUAUAGAGUUGCAGUUGCAGUACAAUUGGUUACCAUUAUAGCAUGGAAAAUGACUGGUAUUAAUAGUACAGUAGUCACCAGUGUGCCACAGUUGCAUUAUUAAAUGCAAAAUAUACAUUUUUAUAAAGGCCAAAUUUGUAUUAUUAUGUUUUUAUUUCAUUACAGUGUAUAAUAUUGUAAGAUUAUUAUGUCCUAAUUCACAUUAUAAAAUGUUAAGUUUUUCCUACUUAAAGGCAUAAAUAUAGCAACUUUGUAUAAAGGUAGCUUACUAGAUUUUUAAUUUUUUCUUUUAUAAAAAGUUGUCUAAACAGUGGGACUACCAUUGCCAAAUUGUAUAUGAAAUAUGAAUUUUGCCCCUCCCCUUUGGUUAAUUUCUUUUAUAAACAUUCCAUGUUUCUCUAAUAAAAGACAAAAGUGAUACUGUA